AUGAAGUUCCUCACACCUCUUCUCAUGCUGGCGGCCUCCGCCCUCGCCGCUCCAGUGGCCAAGACACAGACACCCAACCUCUUCCGCCUGAAGACCACCGGCGCCACCAACACCGUACACAACGACCUCUACGUCUACGGUUACCACACAGGCGCCGGCCUGAACGACGCAGUCCUAACCAAGGACGUAGGCACAGCCAGUUCAGCCUACCUAAACGGUACAAACGUCUUCUUCGACUACAAGACAGAGUUCCCAUGGGGAAUGAAAGCCAUCGGCAACACGAACUAUGCCUCGUGGGAACCUAUUGAGAUCAACGCCGGUACGGGUAGCGACGGGUUCUCCAUUCAGAAUGGUCUCUUCCAAUGGUCGGAGGAUAUGGGCUUUGGUGGCUGGCUCGUUUGUGACUGGUUCCACAAUGCGCCUCAGCUCUUCUACUUAUACAAGUACUACGAUGCUAUUAUUCCCUCCAGCUGCAGCAAGGUCGAGUUGGAGGCUGAGUACACGAAAUAG